AUGCGGAUACCGUUCGUCACCACAAACCUGCAGUAUCUCGCUGCCUUCUGGGCGGCGCUGACGUACCUGAUGAGUGGCAUGAUCUCCGGCUGGGUGUCGCCCAUCCUGCCGCGCCUCCAGGAGCCGGGGUCAUGGCUGCCACUGACAGCAGACGAGGCUUCCUGGAUCGUCUCCAGCAUGACCAUCUCGUGUGUGCUGCCCAUCAUAGGCGUGCCAAUUAUCGUCGACAUCGUCGGCCGCAAGGUGCUGUUCAUCGCAUCUGGAUUGCCAGUGUUCGCUUCCUGGCUUAUGGUGCUGUUCGCUGACUCGGCGGCCAUGCUGAUAGCAUCACGCCUGGUGGCUGGUCUGGGAAUUGGGGCCAGCAUCUGCCUGUUACCGAUGUAUGUGGGGGAGGUGGCUGAGGCCAAGGUGCGGGGUAUGCUGGGCACCGUCUUCCAGUUCGCCAUGAGUGUGGGCGGGCUCGUCUCCUACUGCAUGGGGCCCUACAUGUCCUACUCGGCCGUGGCCAUCGUGUCCGCCGCCGUGCCCGUGGUCUUCAUGGUGGGCUUCCUCUGGAUGCCCGAGUCACCCUACUUCUUGGCUCUGCGUGGCAGGGACAAGGAUGCAGAAAGGGCCUUGAGGCGGUUGCGAGGUGCCAUGACUGAGGAAGCCAUCCAGGAGGAGCUCGGCGUUAUUCACAAGUACGUCAAGGAGCAGCGAGGUGUUCAACAUCCUGGGGAUCGGCCCACUGCCGUGGGCCGUCGUGGGCGAGGUGUUCGCGUCGGACGUGAAGGGGGUCGCUACAUCGCGCUCAGCAAGCUCUUCCAGGUGAUCAGCGACGCCACGGGCAUCUACGCCGUCUUCUUCCUCUUCAUGGCCAGCGCCGUAGUCGGCCUCGUCUUCACAUUCUUCUUCCUGCCUGAGACUAGGGGCCGCACCUUCAUCGAAAUCACGCGGCACUUCGAGGGCGAAGAAGACGAAGAAACAAAGUAG